CAGCUGUAAUGUUGAUUUCAGAGGAGGUACAGUUUAUGCUCUGAGAAGGAAAACACUAGCCCUAAAGUGAUUCUCCUAUGGGCUGCAACAAUUAUGGCCUAUUCAUGGGUUUAUAGCAGGGUGGUAACAUAGGCUGUGUCUUGUCUGCAGGAAUAAUAUGAUACAUCGUAUCCAAUAUCUCUGUUGCCACAGCAACAGCCUAUCAAUUACGUCUAUCCAGUGGUGGACUUUAGAAUGAGCUGGUGUGGACAGCAGUUAGGCAAGGGAGUGACACUACAGGAAGUAACACACACAAAUCCGUCCAACAUGGCAAAGUUCCUUACACAAACUCAGAUCAAUGAAUUCAAAGAAUGUUUUUCCCUAUAUGACAAGAAACGUAAAGGGAAGAUUGAGGCAAAAGACUUGAUCACUGUGAUGCGAUGUCUGGGAACAAGUCCAACCUUCAGUGAGGUGGACCGACAUCUACAGGUUCAUAAGAUAGAUAAAAAAGGUGAGGUGGACUUCUCCACUUUCCUGAACAUGAUGCACAGACAGACGCAGCAGGAGGACCCAAAGGCGGAGAUCCUGGAGGCCAUGCGCAUGACAGACAAAAAAAAGCAAGGCUACAUCCUCGCCUCUGAGCUACGAGCCAAACUAACAGGCCUAGGAGAGAAAUUAACAAACAAAGAAGUGGAUGACCUGUUUAAAGAGGCCAACGUUGGUCGUGAUGGACUUGUGCGUUAUGAAGAGUUUACCAGGAUGGUGACGCUUCCUCCAGUGGAUUACUGAGAGAAUGUUCACUAUGGACACAUUUUGAAUAUAUUUACAGACAAAUCAUUGCAUCACUCUGGUAUUUGUGACACAUUGGAGAUGCACGUGUUUGAAACCUGUUAAAAUUGCAAAUGUUGGAAGAUUAAAUAAUUUACAUACUGCACCACUAGAUGGCGCUCCAGUAUAGAUUGACUCAGAUACAGCUCUGGAUUGACUCAGGGAUUUAUAUUUGUCUUUCAUCCUGUUGCCAGUUUCCUUUAUGGGAUUUACUUUGUCCAUUAGCAGUGCAGUUACACUGAUUUUAAAAGAACUGUCCUGUGUAUGGUAAUAAUAAUAGUAAUGUAUAAACAAAUAUAAUAAACAAUAUCCAAAAUAA